AAGGGAAAAUGGAGCAGGUGGAGAAUGCUCUGUUGAAGGAAACUAUGUGUAAAUGGACAAAAUCACUUUAACAAAGGAAUAGUUCCAAAGGAGAAUGAAGUCUAUUCUCUGUCUGUGUGUGUUACUUGCUGGGCUUCAUGCUGUUGUCUUAUCUCAUAACGUACCUGACUACCACAGUGACCAGGAUGGUCAGACCGAUAUUAAUCCCCCACAGCAGCUUACCUCAGUUGGAGGCAAUGUCGUAACUGAAAACACGACCUUUCUCAAACUAGCUCCUAGCAAUGCUGACUUUGCAUUUAGAUUCUACAAGCAGAUUAAAUCACAAGCAGCUGACAAGAACAUUUUCUUCUCUCCUCUGAGCAUCUCCACUGCCUUUGCAAUGCUGUCGUUAGGUGCCAAGUCAACCACGCUGAGUCAAAUUCACAAAGGACUCUCCUUUAACCUGACGGAGAUUGAGGAGAGGGAGAUACAUGAAGAUUUUCAUCAUCUCAUCCACAUGUUAAACCGUCCCGAUAGUGAGAUCCAGUUGAAUAUGGGAAAUGCUCUUUUUAUACAUCAUCAACUGAAAGUACUAGAUAAGUUUUUGGAAGAUGUCAAAACUCUGUAUGAAUCUGAAGCUCUUCUAAGCAACUUUCAGAAUUCUACAGUGGCUGAGAAACAGAUCAAUGAUUACAUAGAGAAUAAAACCCAUGGGAAAAUUUCCAACUUGGUCAAGGACCUUGAUCCACUCACUGUAAUGGUUCUUGUCAACUAUAUUUUCUUUAAAGCUCAUUGGGAAAAUCCUUUCAGUAGUUUGUUGACCAAGGAAGACGACUUUUUUGUGGAUGCAAAAACAUCUGUCAAAGUUAAUAUGAUGAACAGUGACAAAACGUAUAACACAUACCAUGACGAGGAGCUGUCUUGCUGGGUGGUUGAAAUCCCAUACAAAGGAAAUGCUGCUGCGUUAUUUAUUCUGCCUGAUGAAGGGAAAAUGGAGCAGGUGGAGGAUGCUCUGUUGAAGGAAACUAUGUGUAAAUGGACAAAAUCACUUCAACAAAGAAAAAUCUACCUGUACCUUCCUGUAUUCUCUGUAUCUGGUACCUAUGAUGUCAAACAGCUGUUUGAGAAAAUGGGUGUGGUUGAUGUGUUCACUAACAAAGCUGAUCUCUCUGGAAUCACUGGGCACCCUAACCUGAAGGUGUCAAAAGCUGUUCACAAGGCCGUGGUGGAUGUUAAUGAGAAUGGUACCGAGGCUGCGGCAGUCACUAUUGUGGAAAUUACAUUUACAUCUCUUCCCAUCCCUCCUCCUCCUACCAUUAAGUUUAACCGACCUUUCCUGACGCUGAUUAUUGAUAGAAAUAUCAACAGCAUCCUCUUCAUGGGGAAAAUAGUAAAUCCUAUAGAAAAAUAAUUGUACGGUCACUGUACAUGUCCCAGUGCUUCAAAGGAGUUGUUUUUAAAUGCCCAGGAGUAUGUGCACAUACCACAGACCACUUGAUGCC